CUCACAGGCAAGUUUCUUUUCUUCCUUACAGAUCAUAUAUAUAUGGGUUCAGAAGCGCCAAGCUGGGCUGAUCAGUGGGGCUCCAGCGGACUGGAAGAUGAGUACGGCAGUAGCAGCGGCACCAAUAACAAAGGGAAGAAAACGACGAACUUGAAGGCCACGGCCAGCGCCGGGCUGGGCAAGGCCAAGUCGGCCGCGGUGAUCGGAGCCCAUCAUGCGAAGACGGCAGCCAAAGUUGGAGCACAGAAGGUGAAGACUGGCACAAGCAUGGGAGUCAGCUGGAUCAAGAACCAGUACCACAAGAGAAGCUCCAAAUGAAGCGCUGGCUUCUCCUGAAACUUCUCAUUGUUAGAGCACUAACUGUCUAAGUGGAGAGAGCGAUUUAUCCUUUUCAUUAUCUGUUUUUGCAAGUAUUUGAUUCGAUAUAAAAUACAUGCAUUUAAGGGAGAAAAUUUGAGUUUGGAUAACAUUUUAUUUAAAAUUUAUUCGAAAAA